AUGCCUUCCUCUCCUUCUGGCUCUUCUUCAAGGAAGCCAAAAUCACGCUCUAGCAGUGGUGGUGGAAGUAGAGAGAAAAAAGGUCAAUUAACUUCCAAUGAAAAACGAAUUUGGCAAUUAAUUCAACGUCAAAAUGGUCAAACAAUCAGUAAUGAAAAGUUGCAAAAUCUUCUUGAGGAUAUUGAAGUGAAGGAGUUACUAGAGAGUAUCAAUUCUUUAUUAUCAAAAAGUUUAUUGAGCGCAAAACAAGAUCAUAAUGGUGGUUUACAUUAUAUUGCUUUUAGCAAAAGCGAAGCAAGCACUAUGGGUCAGCUAGAUCACGAUGAAGGUAUCAUAUAUUCUUUCAUUCGUGUGGCAGGCAAUGAAGGUAUAUGGACAAAGCAACUCAAAUUACGUGCAAAUCUUCAUCAAACGAUUAUGCAACGUGCUUUGAAAUCGCUAGAGAGCAAACAAUUAAUCAAAGCUGUCAAAUCUGUCAAAUUUCCAACAAGAAAGAUUUAUAUGCUCUCAAGCCUAACGCCUUCGGUCGAAUUAUCCGGUGGUCCUUGGUAUACGGAUAACGAAUUGGAUACCGUCUUUAUCGAUCAAUUAUGCACAGUCUUGUACCAAUUCAUCGCAUCAAAAACCUGGCCUGGCAAACGUGAUGAAUCAAGCGAUCCAUCCGAAAGACCUAUAUACCCGGCUUCCCAUAUCAAUUCCCUUCCAACUGCUAUUACAUGCUUGCAAUUUCUCAAAAAAGCCGGUAUCACCGAUACAGAUUUACAGGUGGAAAACGUUCAGAGCCUAUUGGAUGUUUUGGUAUACGAUGGAAAGGUUGAAAAGAUUCCACACUUUCGAAGAGGAGGCAAUGACGAUGAUGAUGAAUGGACGUCAAAGGGCAAGCGUGAUGGAUAUUCAGACGAGAGCAGCGAAGGAAGCGCUACUGGCUGGAUCGAAGUGCCUUGUGCUCAUUGUCCCGUAUUUGACUUUUGCUCUGCUGGUGGACCUGUGAAUGCGGAAGGAUGUUUGUAUAUGCGUGAUUGGAUCAAAAGUAGUGCCAACAUGCGUGCAAAGGAACUGGCCCAGAACGAGGUUAAUGAGGAUGAAUUGAUGACAAAUGGCGUCAAUGGCAAUCAUGCGAACGGUACCAUCGAGUACGAUGAGGCUUACGGAGAGGAAGAAGAUGAAACAAUUCACGCCGAUGCUUCUCUUAACGCGGCUGAUGAGAAUGAAGAUGAUGAAUACGGCGGUCAAGAAGUUUAG